CGGCAGUAUUUACACGCUGAAACACACUUCCACAGCUGUCAGAUCGGCCGUGCUCCUGUCGUUGGGUGAGAGCGCGAUGAUUUACCUCAAGUGUCCCGACAGAGUGACAUUUAGGAGAUUUAUCGCGAUCCGGACCGAAGAACCUGAUGUGUGAAUUCCUGUGAGAGGAUGCGCGAGCGAGAGAUGGCCGGCAGCGUCCGGCACUGGAGCCCGAAGCAGGUGGGCCGCUGGCUGCGUGAAGAGGGCUUCUGCGACUACGUGGACCUUCUGUGCAACAAACACCGCCUGGACGGGACCAGCCUGCUGACGCUGAGCGAGUACGACCUGCGCUCUCCUCCGCUGGAGCUCAAGGUCCUGGGAGACAUCAAGCGGCUCAUGGUUUCUCUCAGGAAGCUGCAGAAGCAGAACGCAGACGUUUUGGAGGAGCUGGGUCUGUCCUACGACGGACACUCGCCUCAGAACAGCGCAGGCGGAGUGGACUGGCUGUGUAACGGUGAGUCUGCGCGGGAUUGUGACGCCGUGCUGGACACGUUGAGCGGCGAUCAGUAUCAUCAGUACAACAACGGCAAGUACAAGCAGCAGCCUCGGAGACUGGACCCCGAGUGCUGGAAGACCAUCAUCAGCUCCGUCUACGUGGUCUUCGUCUUCGGCUUCACGUCCUUCGUCAUGGUCAUCGUCCACGAGCGCGUGCCGGACAUGAGGACGUACCCGCCGCUGCCCGACAUCUUCCUGGACAGCGUACCCAGAAUCCCCUGGGCGUUUGCGAUGGCCGAGGCCUGUGGCGUGAUCCUCUGUUCUGUUUGGCUGCUGGUUCUGCUGCUUCAUAAACACAGGUCCAUCCUGUUGAGGCGGUUGUGUAGUCUGAUGGGGACGGUCUUCAUGCUGCGCUGCAUCACCAUGUUUGUGACAUCUCUCUCUGUCCCGGGUCAACACCUGCAGUGCACUGGGAAGGUAUGGGCGUCACACUCUCUGUCUCUCUCUCUCUACGUGCCAUAUGGAGUGGGCAUGACGCUGACAGUGUUCAGUGGAGAUUACAUGUUCAGUGGACACACCGUGGUCCUCACCAUGCUCAACUUCUUCGACACGGAGUACACGCCGCGCAGCUGGAACUUCAUCCACACGCUCUCCUGGGUGCUCAACCUGUUCGGUAUCUUCUUCAUCCUGGCGGCGCACGAGCACUACUCCAUCGACGUCUUCAUCGCCUUCUACAUCACCACCAGACUCUUCCUGUACUACCACACGCUGGCCAACACUCGAGCCUAUCAGCAGAGCCGGCGCGCUCGCAUCUGGUUCCCCAUGUUCUCCUUCUUCGAGUGCAACGUCAACGGACCCGUUCCGAACGAGUACUGCUGGCCGUUCGCUCGGCCCGCCAUCCUCAGGCGCCUCAUCGGCUGACCCCCGACGAACGCGGCUGAUCCCGCCGAUGCCAUGAUGUAGAGGAGGCCAAAAGCUCUCGAGCGGAGGCGGACCGCCAAGUGUUUUUACUCCGCUUUUUAAAAGUGUCUGUACUUUUAUCGGUGUUUCUUUACUUCACAACAU